AUGCGGCCGGGGGCUGCUCGCCACCUCGGCUACCGUCAUCGCAGGCGGCUGCUGAUGGAGGACGCAGAAGCAGAGGAGCGGAGGCGGGCCUGCAUGGACAUGCUGGUUGAGGCAGCAGUGGUGAUUGGUUUGAUCGUGUUUGCGGUGGUUGUGGUGCCGUGGUUUGCGUCGCUGCUGGAGGCUAUGUGGUGGGGGUUGCGCGACGUUGUCGCACCCGCGCCUCUGCCCGUCGACGGCCACCAGUUGCAGGCGCAGAAGAACCACGGCAUCCCCAAGUUUGUGUUCAUCAAAACGCACAAGACAGGGUCCUCCAGCAUCACGGUGAUGCUUGGCCACGCGCUGGAGAAGCGGGGGCUCAAGCCGGCCGUGCCUUGCCAUGCGCAUCUUGGGUUUCCGGGCCACUUCAGGAAGCCCCGGCACAACUUGUGCGGGGUGGAUCCGCUGCGCUUCACCGCCGCCAUCUCGCACAUCCGCUGGUCCGAGCAGUCGCGCAAGACGCUGUUAGGGCUCAUGGGGCCCGAACGCCCGCUCGUCUUCACGAUCGUGCGCGACCCCAUCACACGGUUCAUCUCCGCGCUGCAGUACUACGGCGCCACAAAAUUCCAGACGCUGCUUAACUUCCACCCGGACCGCAUCACCAACGAGUGGAUCAAGUUUGCCGCAUAUCGCCUCACCAGCAAGCAUGUGCGUGCCCAGGUCCAGAAGCUGACGCGGCAGCUGCAUCUCAUUGGAUACGCGUUCGACUUUGGCCUGGCCAAGGAGUACACGCCAAAGGAGCCGCCAAAGUUCCGUUGGCGCGCACAGGCGCUCGUGGACUCGCUGGACUUUGUGCUGCUGUAUGAGGAGUGGGACCUGUCCAUGGCCGUCCUGAAGCAGCGCCUUAACCUCACGCGCCCAGACAUUGCGUACCCGCACCUCAAGGCGUCCUCGUCAUCGCGGCAGCAGCUUGUCAUUGCGCCGGAGACUCGACAGGUGUUGUGCGAGGUGCUGUGGUCGGACUGCAUGCUGUAUGACAUGAUGCGGGCGCGCUUCCAACAGCAGGUGGACGACGCCGUGAGGCAAGACGGCGCUGCCAUUGCCGAGUUCAACCAGCAGGCGCACGUGCAAGCGCGGGUGCAGCAGGGUGACGGCGCUCGUGGUGUUGGCCACAACGGCAGCGAGGAUGAGGACGUGCAGGACUUUUUCGAUCGCCUUCGCUAUGGAUGGGUGGUGAAGCGAUGGGGGUGA